AUGUUUGCACGGUCGACUACGACGAUAACGACACGGACCUUGAUGACACAGACGAACCGCCAGCAGGACCCGAUCCUCAAAUACUUUGGGGAUAAUGAUGACGGCAUCUCGCCACAGGAAUACAAAAUACGCGUUGGCACUGCGAUCAGGACAUUGCGGGAGGAACUGCCACAGUUUUUUCAACAAGGUCUGUGUACGACCUCGAUCUAUGCGCGCAACAUCCGGUUAAUCGAGGCCAGCCAUACGAACGUGUCGCUGCAAGGGAAACCGGUCUACUUUUUGCUUGCUGGGGCGGUCCGGUGGAGUUUCAAGAUGUGGUUCCGGGAUAUUGAGUUUGAGAUUCAGUCGAUUCGGGUGAAUGACCGGGGCGGGAGAGGACUCUCUGGACUGGACUCUGGGAACGACAGUAAUAACAUGUCCUCGACGCCGAACUUGUUGCGACUACAUGGAUUGAAACAGGAAGUUGAAGAUGGUGUGGAAAAGAAGCCAGGUGAUACUGUGCGAGUAGAUGAGAUCAAUAUCAAUCAGGGCGGAGGCGGAGGUAGAGAACCGUCACUCCCGGCAACAACAGUGACAGUGCGGUGGAAAUUGAGGGGAACGACCCGACCUUCAGUUGUGUUAACGACUUCAGGACCAACAUCGCCGCCGCCUUCGUCUUACGAAGGUAUCUUUGUGUACGAGAUAGACGAUCGGGGGCUGAUUGACGAGCACCGGAUCGAGAACAUUAUGCCAUCUCCGAGUCCUGAGGCGAUCCAGCGGGCGUUUGCGUGGUGGGGUUGGUUGUUGAGUCGGCCACGUCCUGCAGCAACGGCGACGUUUGAGGACGCAACAGCAUCACGUAAGCGACUUGGGCUUGACUAG